AUGAUCGCCUUCCUGGGGUUCGCCGUGCAGGCGCAGACGACCGGCACCACCCCCCUGGCCAACCUGGCCGCGCACCUCGCGAACCCGUACACCACCACCGUGCUCACCAACGAGCACGCUCGCCUCCUCGACAUCCCUAACCUCAGCGGCAAGACCGCACUCAUCACCGGCGCCAACAGCGGCAUUGGGUUCGAGAUCACCCGCCAGGCGAGCCGCGGUGACGCGCGCCUGCGCGGGAGCCUCGUUGAGUCGCUGGCAGAGGACAUUCUCAGCAGGAAGCUUCCCGUCAACAUCCUGGUGCUCAACGCAGGCCGCUACCUUGAUGCCCCGUUUGCCACCACCAAGGACGGUUUCGAGCAGACGCUGGCCACCAACUACUUUGGUCACUGCGAGCUCGCACUGCUGCUUCUGGACCACAUCGCCGCCAGCGGCCCUGGUGGCCGCAUCGUCACCCUGGCGUCACCCGCAGAGCAGUUCGGGCGGGUGGACCUGAGUGACAUCAAGGGAUCCAAGCUGGGCACUAGCGGCAUGCCCGCCUACGGCCGUUCCAAGGCCAUGCAGAUCAUGUGGAGCCACGAGCUGCAGCGCCGCCUGAGGCUGGCUGGGAAGGACAUCGACUGCUUCGCAGUGCACCCAGGCAUUGUGGCCACUGGGCUGCCCAACAAGGUCGACCUGUCCUACCCCGCCGGCCUGCUGACCUACGUCCAAAUGAUCCUAACGGGUCAGAGCCCCCUGCAGGGUGCCCAGAGCGCGCUGUACGCGGCGACUGCGCCGCAGCUGCACGGCAAGGGCGGCAUCUACAUCGGGGCCCCAGCGAGCGCUGGGCCCUAA